GCUUGAAGUUGGCGAGCGCUCAGUUCCAGGACAUUGUACGCUUCUUUGAAUCCUUUGAAUCCUUAAGACUUGAGGUGUCUCAGACAAGCGGAUUCAAAAAUGUCGUCAGGACAUUGCACGAUUUUACCACCGUCAUCAGCUUGUUAUCCAUUCCAGAGCUAUUCAGAUGCAAUGCAGCGUACCAUCACAAGUUGAGAACCGCAAUGUCGGCCAUUUUUACUCCACUUGAUAGUUCGGAAUACGCGCUUCUCCCGGAUGCUUCCACCCCUCCUCCAAUACCUCCAAAAAGCAGUGCACGCACUCUGCGGCCGGCGAAAAAAGGAUCUAACAACACCCAAUCUUGCCCAUCACGGACCAAUGCAAAACAAUACACUUACAAGACUGCAAAUGUGUCGGGUGAAGAUCUUGCGCAGAAGGAAUGGUCAACUCAGCCUCGACGUAGUACCGAAUGCCCGAACACAAUAUCCUACUUUAGUGAUGACUCAAGUUCAGACGGGUCUAGGGACUCUACGGUCACAAGCCACGGAUCGAUAGUGACGCAAAUCUGGAGCCAGAAUUCGGCAUGUGUUUCGACAGAGGGAGUUCCCGACCCAGAUCCCCCGCGUCCUUUGCCGCUGUCUACGAUUGAUCGUGGAGACAUGAUCUUUUGCGGUGAUCAGCAGUCGAUGGUCCAGCGAUCAGAGUUUGCACAAUCCAACCGGCCACUACCGCUUGCUCUGCGCUGGAACAACGUCUUAAAUACAAAAUGGGAGCCGGCCAGAGAAUCGGAGCUAUGGACCCCAAAGACCAAUGCAUUCAGCAUCGCAUCAAAAAGUUCAAUCGCAUAUGGUUUGCAACUGCAGAUGCAGCAAGAGAGUAAGGUAUUUUCCGAUAAGAACUUACGUCUUCCCAUCCCCACGAUCUCACUACCUGUCGAUACUCAGAACCAUGACGAAAUGGCAUACAUGCCCUCUUUAUCUAAAUCGAACCCAAGUUCGUGCACAUCGCGAAGUACCCCGAGAUUGCAAGUUCCUUGUCAUAGGCGUGGAUCGUCGGAGCCCUUUACAAGGGUGCAGGUGCAAGAAUUCAGCCUAGAUGUCGCCGAACCGUCCAUGGCGGCGAAAAACAGAUGGAUUCCAACUCUUCCUGCUACAGAGGCUGUAACACCAUCGUCUACAAGUUCUUUGAGCAGUGUACCGUACGAAAAUGAUGAUGACGGCGCAUGUAUCUCUGCUUCACCUCUCGACAUUUCACCGGUCACCCCGCAAAUGGUGGUAAGGGAAACCUCGAAGGUCGAAAUACGGAGCCCGCAUUGUGACUUCUUUUCGCCGCAGUCAAGGUUCUCCAUCGAUUCGGAUCUGGAAGAAAAUACAAAACCAACCUCUCCACAAGCCUCGCCUUUCGGAUUGAUACAACAUGGAUAUUCUUACGAUAGCGUUGUUCCUUCCAGCACACCAGAGAAAUUUUUCGACGAGUCAGCUGUUGGUGAGAACACAUUGAAGUGGUUGGCGAAGCAGAAGAAACCUUCGUAUCAUGUUCGAAACGACAGUUCUAGCGAUAGAAAUCGUAUUCUGGGAACAUACUUUCGCAGGUCAACGAUAUCCUGAGCGUGCAGCAUUUCCGUGAUGUUGGACAAAAUUGACGGGUGAAAUUUGGCUGAAUAUUGGGAGUUGCUACAUUUUGAUAGGGUUUUAGAAUAGCGAGCAAUCAAGUAAAAUUUCU